CUCCAUUACUACAUAAACCAGGCUACUAUAGAUCAUAUCAAACUGCAGGUUUCAUUAUAGCACGACGAUAUUAGCUACUUGCGUUGAAUCUUCGAAAACAUGGGGUCAAUCGAAGAAUCUUCAUUUUCUGCAUCUCCUGAGAUCUUGACGGCCAAUGGACUACUGUUUGAUUUUGAUGGCACCAUUAUAGAUAGCACAGAAGCCAUUGUCAAACACUGGCACAAGGAGGCAGAGUCAAUGGGAGUAGAUCCAAACGUCAUACUGGCUACAUCACAUGGCAGAAGAAGUAUCGACACCUUCAAGAUUCAUGAUCCCUCCAAGGCCAAUUGGGAAUAUAUCAACCAUCAAGAAAGUUUGAUACCCAAGUUAUUUGGAAAAGAUGCAGUCGAGAUCUCCGGUGCUCGAAACCUCCUCGAGAGCCUUGAAGCAGUCAGUGCGCCCUGGGCUGUAGUGACUUCUGGUACGCGGGCUCUCGUGAGUGGUUGGAUUGACGUUCUCAAACUUGCGCACCCACGCUGUCUGGUGGUGGCAGAGGACGUCGACGAAGGGAAACCUCAUCCUGCCUGUUAUCUGCUUGGUCGGAAGAAACUGGGAUUGUCCGAGAACUCUCACAUGAUUGUCCUCGAAGAUGCUCCAGCUGGUGUCCGUGCAGGCAAGGCCGCUGGUUUCAAGGUCAUCGGACUGGCGACGACGCAUUCCAUUGGUCAACUAGAGGAAGCGGGGGCCGACUGGAUUGUGCAAGACUUGCGGAGUGUGACGCUGAAGAGCUUCGCCAACGGUCUGCUACAAAUCGAGAUCUCCAACGCCCUGGUCAAUGCACCCUGAGAUAGCGGGACCGCUUCUACAUCUUCAACAUUGAGCAUUUCUGAGCACGGC